UUCUCUAUUUGACAUCACAAUGCUAGUAUUAAAUCUGGCCCUCUAAUAUGCUGUAGAAGAUAUUAUUGGCCAAUAUGUGCAACAGGCGCAAAAUGGCAAUCUGUGGGUUCUGGCAAAUACCAGAGGGGCUGCUGUAAGGUCCCAUAGACAGUUACUAUUUAGUGGGCUUGCGGAGGACUAUUUGGGUCCUCCAUGUAAUUUGAAUGCCACUGCCUAUUUUGACUUCCAGUCCAGGCCUUAGGUGCAAUAAAUUGGCCAGCACUAGUCUACAUAAUUUAUAAUAGAACUACCCCUUUGAACGUGUCUAUACCUUUCAAUGCCCAGCAGCAGGUGAUACUUGGAAGUUAUUAGCCAAUAGGCGUUCCUUAACAGUGUCCAAUUUUCAAGGAAUCUGAUAACCGGUUCCAAAGACCAGAAUUCAAAGCAGCUUUAGACACAUCCCCCACGGGAAGUCUCCACCCCCAGUUCGACUAAGGAAAGGCAAUCACGGUCCAGGCUGCCAGGUAAAGCUACACAAAAAACACAAACUUCCAAGCGAACAAACGUGCGAUAACAGCAGCAGGACGGGUACAUCGACACACAGCCCCUAGGGGACACCACUAGGAAACUGAGGCUCGGAACAGAACGUCAAGUUCAUACAUCCUUUCCGUGUCUCCUCGGCUCCGCCUCCCAGGAGGGUGUGCUUGUAUCGCGGCUGCCCAUUGGUGCACAUGGACUUUAUCAGUCAGGCCAUCUGGACUAGCAGCCUUCAGCUGAUUGGCUGGAAAAGGGUGUGACGUUAAGGAACUGGGUGCUGGGCUUCCCAUAAUAUAAUAGCAAGAACUGGAAGUAAAAUAAAGCUGCAUAAAGGCUGGGAGAGAUACAGAGUAUCUCAAGUGCCGGGCAGAGUGGCAGAAAGGGACGCUAACAGCCCUCGAUACUUACACAAGAUCCACAAACAGGCUGCCCACUGAUUGAAGAGGCACAUUCGGUACCAGACUGAGAUGUUUCCUCUCGACGCCCCAUGGAAUAUUUCCUUCGCCGGCUGCGGCUUCCUGGGGAUUUAUCAUAUCGGAGUCGCCAGUUGCCUGAAGGAACACACACCUUUUCUAGUGGAGAAUGCUAGAAAUAUCUAUGGAGCCUCCGCCGGGGCUCUCACCGCUACAGCAUUGGUCAGCGGAGCCUGCCUGGGGGAAGCCGGGGCAAACAUAAUUGAUGUGUCUAAGGAGGCCAGGAAGAGGUUUCUGGGGCCUUUGCACCCAUCCUUUAACCUGGUGAAGAUCAUCAGGAACUGUCUCUACAAGACUCUGCCGGAAGACGCACAUGAAAAAGCCACAGGGCGACUAGGGAUCUCCCUUACCCGGGUAUCUGAUGGGGAGAAUGUGCUGCUCUCCCAGUUUAAUACCAAAGAAGAGCUCAUCCAGGCCUGUGUCUGCAGCACCUUUAUACCAGUAUACUGCGGCCUGAUACCUCCUUGUCUGCAAGGUGUGAGAUAUGUGGAUGGUGGGAUUUCGGAUAACCUGCCUCAGUAUGAGCUGAAGAACACCAUCACUGUAUCCCCGUUUUCUGGGGAGAGUGAUAUUUGUCCUCGGGACAGCAGCACCAACCUCCAUGAGCUCAGGGUGACCAACACCAGCAUCCAGUUUAACCUCAGCAACUUGUACCGACUCUCUAAAGCCUUAUUCCCUCCUGAGCCACAGGUACUUAAGGACAUGUGCAAGCAGGGAUACAGAGAUGCUUUACAUUUCCUCAAGAGGAAUGGACUGUUAAACAGACCUCAGCCUGACAGGCCUCUUGCACUUCCAGCUCCUGAAAACAUAGCCAAUGAGAAUGAUGAGAUUAGAGAAAACGAGGAGCCAGAAGAAGUCAGUGCAGCAGUGCAGGCAGCUGAGGAACACAUAUUUGAACAUCUGCCUCAACGACUUAACCAAGCUCUUCUGGAAGCUUGCAAAGAAAAGCGCAGCGUGUAUCUUUCUAUAUCCAAUAUGCUACCUGUGCGGAUGGCAUCUGCACUCAUGUUGCCGUAUACUCUUCCCCUGGAAUCAGCUGUAUCUUUCACUGUCAGACUUUUGGAAUGGCUUCCUGAUGUUCCUGAAGAUAUUGAGUGGAUCAAGGACCAGACCAGGAAAGUGUGUCGCUAUGUCUUACGCAAUGCAAAGAAACAGCUGGGAAACCAUAUUACAGCUAGGCUUUAUUACCACUUGGAGUUGAGGCGAGCCCAGAGCCUGUCUGUCCCCCUAGCUUUUACUUCCAGUGACUGUUUGCCCAGAUGGGUAAGAACUAGCACCUCUCUCAUGGACAUGAUGCAGAAAUGGGAGGAAUAUCAAAGGCAGUUGAUGCCAGGACUCUUCUGUAUCAACGUUGACAUGCAAGCCACUCUCUAUCACCAUCAGCAAGAACCAUCUCUUUCUAUGGACCCUGACAGCCUAAUCAUGGUUGAUGUGAGCAAAGAGAGCAGCAAUGAGACUUUUUGAAGGCCUUCCUGCCACAAUAGACAUUUAAAUGUCUAGCAAUGACCAUCUUUGAGAUGAAGGCUUAUAGGAGGUUAUGGACUUUGAUCUCUGUGCUUGCAGUGGCCUAAAUAUGGUCUUCUCUGUGGCCUAACUCUGUUGGAGAUGAUAUUCACUAAGUUAGAUCAAAUCUUCGUAAAGAUAAGAGUUGGAUUUUGCAAAGGCUAAUGUGGUUCAUCUUCAAAAAUUACAUCUCUGUGGCUUCCGUGAACUUCACAAAGACUUGCUCGGGAGGAGAAAAAACUUGCUCGGGAGGAGAAAAAACACAAAGCCUUCCGUGGAGAUGGAUUUUAAAUCCUACAGGGACCAUGAUGGUGGUGAUAAUCACAACAAAAUGGACGUUUGAUUGGAGCAGGGAGG